AUGGCGAGCCUCGCCGCGCUCGCCCUCAGCCUGCUCCUGCGGCUGCAGCUGCCGCCGCUGCCCGGCGCCCGGGCACAGAGCGCCGCAGGUGGCUGUUCCUUUGAUGAGCACUACGGCAACUGUGGUUAUAGCGUGGCCCUGGGGACCAAUGGGUUUACGUGGGAGCAGAUAAACACGUGGGAAAAACCAAUGCUGGACCCAGCGGUGCCCACAGGAUCCUUCAUGAUGGUGAACAGCUCUGGGAGGGCCUCUGGCCAGAAGGCCCACCUUCUCCUGCCGACCCUGAAGGAGAAUGACACCCACUGUAUCGAUUUCCAUUACUACUUCUCCAGCCGCGACAGGUCCAGCCCGGGAGCCUUGAAUGUCUAUGUGAAGGUGAACGGCGGGCCCCAGGGGAACCCUGUCUGGAACGUGUCUGGGGUCGUCACCGAGGGCUGGGUGAAAGCAGAGCUUGCUAUCAGCACCUUCUGGCCACAUUUCUACCAGGUGAUAUUUGAAUCCGUCUCUUUGAAGGGUCAUCCUGGCUACAUCGCUGUGGACGAGGUCCGGGUCCUUGCUCAUCCAUGCAGAAAAGCACCUCACUUUCUGCGGCUCCAAAAUGUCGAGGUGAAUGUGGGGCAGAAUGCCACAUUUCAGUGCAUCGCUGGUGGGAAGUGGUCUCAGCAUGACAAACUUUGGCUCCAGCAAUGGAACGGCAGGGACACAGCCCUCAUGGUUACUCGCGUGGUCAACCACAGACGCUUCUCAGCCACAGUCAGUGUGGCCGACACCGCCCAUCGGAGUGUGAGCAAGUACCGCUGUGUGAUCCGUUCUGACGGCGGUUCCGGUGUGUCCAACUAUGCUGAGCUGAUUGUGAAAGAGCCUCCCACACCCAUCGCCCCCCCAGAGCUGCUGGCCGUAGGGGCCACAUACCUGUGGAUCAAGCCAAAUGCCAAUUCUAUCAUCGGCGAUGGCCCCAUCAUCCUGAAGGAGGUGGAAUAUCGCACCACCACGGGCACCUGGGCCGAGACCCACAUAGUUGACUCUCCCAACUAUAAGCUGUGGCAUCUGGACCCUGACGUGGAGUAUGAGAUCCGGGUGCUGCUCACACGACCAGGGGAGGGAGGCACGGGACCACCAGGGCCUCCCCUCACCACCAGAACCAAAUGUGCAGACCCCGUGCACGGCCCGCAGAAUGUGGAGAUUGUGGACAUCCGCGCUCGGCAGCUGACCCUGCAGUGGGAACCGUUCGGCUACGCGGUGACCCGCUGUCACAGCUACAAUCUCACCGUGCAUUACCAGUACGUGUUCAACCAGCAGCAGUACGAGGCCGAAGAGGUCAUUCAGACCUCUUCCCACUACACCCUGCGGGGCCUGCGCCCCUUCAUGACCAUCCGGCUGCGGCUGCUGCUGUCUAACCCCGAGGGCCGAAUGGAGAGCGAGGAGCUGGUGGUGCAAACAGAGGAGGACGUUCCAGGAGCUGUUCCCCUAGAAUCCAUUCAAGGAGGGCCCUUUGAGGAGAAGAUCUACAUCCAGUGGAAACCUCCCAAUGAGACUAAUGGAGUCAUCACUCUCUAUGAGAUCAACUACAAGGCUGUUGGCUCACUGGACCCGAGUGCUGACCUCUCCAGCCAGCGGGGGAAAGUCUUCAAGCUCCGGAAUGAAACCCACCACCUCUUUGUGGGUCUGUACCCGGGGACCACCUACUCCUUCACCAUCAAGGCCAGCACAGCAAAGGGCUUCGGGCCCCCUGUCACCACUAGGAUUGCCACGAAAAUUUCAGCUCCGUCGAUGCCUGAAUAUGACACAGACACCCCACUGAAUGAGACAGACACGACCAUCACAGUGAUGCUGAAGCCCGCUCAGUCACGGGGAGCCCCUGUCAGUGUUUAUCAGCUGGUUGUCAAGGAGGAGCGACUUCAGAAGUCACGAAGGGCAGCUGACAUCAUUGAGUGCUUUUCAGUGCCUGUGAGCUAUAGGAAUGCCUCCAGCCUUGAUUCUCUACACUACUUUGCUGCUGAAUUGAAGCCCGCCAACCUGCCUGUCACCCAGCCAUUUACAGUGGGUGACAAUAAGACAUACAAUGGAUACUGGAACCCUCCUCUUUCCCCUCUGAAAAGCUACAGCAUCUACUUCCAGGCACUCAGCAAAGCAAAUGGAGAGACCAAAAUCAACUGCGUUCGCCUGGCUACAAAAGCACCAAUGGGCAGCGCCCAGGUGACCCCGGGGACUCCACUCUGCCUCCUCACCACAGGUGCCUCCACUCAGAAUUCUAACACUGUGGAGCCAGAGAAGCAGGUGGACAAUACCGUGAAGAUGGCCGGUGUGAUUGCUGGCCUCCUCAUGUUCAUCAUCAUUCUCCUGGGCGUCAUGCUCACCAUCAAAAGGAGAAGAAAUGCUUAUUCCUACUCCUAUUACUUGAAGCUGGCCAAGAAGCAGAAGGAGACACAGAGUGGAGCCCAGAGGGAGAUGGGGCCUGUGGCCUCAGCCGACAAACCUACCACCAAGCUCAGCACCAGCCGCAAUGAUGAAGGCUUCUCCUCUAGCUCUCAGGACGUUAAUGGAUUCACAGAUGGCAGCCGUGGGGAGCUGUCCCAGCCUACGCUCACAAUCCAGACUCACCCCUACCGGGCUUGCGACCCCGUGGAGAUGAGCUAUCCCCGGGACCAGUUCCAGCCCGCCAUCCGGGUGGCUGACCUGCUACAGCACAUCACCCAGAUGAAGAGAGGCCAGGGCUACGGGUUCAAGGAGGAAUAUGAGGCCUUACCAGAGGGGCAGACAGCUUCGUGGGACACAGCCAAAGAGGAUGAAAACCGCAAUAAGAAUCGAUACGGAAACAUCAUAUCCUACGACCAUUCCCGGGUGAGGCUGCUGGUGCUGGACGGAGACCCGCAUUCUGACUACAUCAACGCCAACUACAUUGAUGGAUACCAUCGACCUCGGCACUACAUUGCAACUCAGGGUCCGAUGCAGGAGACCGUCAAGGACUUUUGGAGAAUGAUCUGGCAGGAGAACUCGGCCAGCAUCGUCAUGGUCACGAACCUCGUGGAAGUGGGCAGGCACCCAGCGGAACACACUGUGGGAAAUGCCACUCUAGGCCGCGCGGCGUCCCCCGGAAUGGUGAAGUGUGUGCGAUACUGGCCGGAUGACACGGAGGUCUACGGGGACAUUAAAGUCAGCCUGAUUGAGACAGAGCCCCUGGCGGAGUACGUCAUACGCACCUUCACCGUCCAGAAGAAAGGCUACCACGAGAUCCGGGAGCUCCGCCUCUUCCACUUCACCAGCUGGCCCGACCAUGGCGUCCCCUGCUAUGCCACCGGCCUCCUGGGCUUUGUGCGCCAGGUCAAGUUCCUGAACCCCCCCGAGGCCGGGCCCAUCGUGGUCCACUGCAGUGCGGGAGCCGGAAGGACCGGCUGCUUCAUCGCCAUCGACACCAUGCUCGACAUGGCCGAGAACGAAGGGGUAGUGGACAUAUUCAACUGUGUGCGUGAGCUCCGGGCCCAGAGGGUCAACCUCGUGCAGACAGAGGAGCAAUAUGUGUUCGUGCACGAUGCCAUCCUGGAAGCAUGCCUCUGCGGCAACACAGCCAUCCCCGUGUGUGAGUUCCGUUCUCUCUACUACAACAUCAGCAGGCUGGACCCCCAGACCAACUCCAGCCAGAUCAAAGACGAAUUUCAGACCCUCAACAUCGUGACUCCCCGAGUCCGGCCCGAGGACUGCAGCAUUGGGCUUCUGCCCCGGAAUCACGAUAAGAACCGGAGCAUGGAUGUCCUGCCUCUAGACCGCUGCCUGCCCUUCCUUAUCUCGGUGGAUGGGGAACCCAGCAAUUACGUCAAUGCCGCUCUGAUGGACAGCCACAAGCAGCCUGCUGCCUUCGUGGUCACCCAGCACCCUCUACCCAACACCGUGGCGGACUUCUGGAGGCUGGUGUUCGACUACAACUGCUCCUCCGUGGUGAUGCUGAAUGAGAUGGACACUGCCCAGCUCUGUAUGCAGUACUGGCCUGAGAAGACUGCAGGGUGCUACGGGCCCAUCCAGGUGGAGUUCGUGUCCGCAGACAUCGACGAGGACAUCAUCCACAGAAUAUUCCGCAUCUGUAACAUGGCCCGGCCUCAGGAUGGGUAUCGUAUAGUCCAGCACCUCCAGUACAUUGGCUGGCCCGCCUACCGGGACACACCCCCCUCCAAGCGCUCUCUGCUCAAAGUGGUCCGACGGCUGGAGAAGUGGCAGGAGCAGUACGACGGGAGGGAGGGGCGCACCGUGGUCCACUGCCUAAAUGGGGGCGGCCGCAGUGGGACCUUCUGUGCCAUCUGCAGUGUGUGUGAAAUGAUCCAGCAGCAAAACAUCAUUGACGUGUUCCACAUUGUGAAAACGCUGCGUAACAACAAAUCCAACAUGGUGGAGACCCUGGAACAGUAUAAAUUUGUAUACGAGGCGGCACUAGAAUAUUUAAGCUCCUUUUAGCCUGAUGGGAUGGGGAGCCUGCCGGAGCCCAGAGGCUGCUGCAGCCAAGCCCCCUUUUCUGUGAAUGGCAGUGACUGGGCUCAGGGGCUAAGAGGCAGCACCCUGCCCAACUCCAAGGAGAAGACUGGUGGUCCCGUGUUCCGUGGUGGGCUCUGCACCUUCCAAGGGGUCUCCUGUAGCUGUGGGAGAUGCUGCUGUGAAAGGCCCAGGCUUCCCUUCCACACCCAACCAGCUGUGGCCACGGGCCCGUGCAAAAGUGCGCCCAUGGCAAGGCCCUGGAUUUUUCCGUUCCCAGACCUCCUGCUUUUGCUCUUUUCAAGUUUGUGAAUCUCCUGGCAAGCCGACUGUGUGAGUGUUGGGGAGUGACAGCCUCAGCAGCACCUCCCUGCCCUAGUUGUCCUUGGGAGUGGAGGGGGUGUGGGUUCUACUCCUCCAUGCUGUCGUGGAAAUGACUGGGCUCUUGGGGGUCCCUGCACUGCUAACCCCUUGUAGUCUCCGUCAGGGAUCUCUGGCACUGGACACCUGCCGGUCUGGAUCAGUGUGAACCUUGGGAUGCUCCCGACACCACAGCAGAGGCCCCCAUUGUCACACCUAACCUGCAUGGGGCUUGGCCCGAUACCAUUCUGUACCUCUCCCCUAGCCCAGGCCUUGACCCGUCAUUCACUGGCCAGCCCACUGCAUCCAUAGCCUUUGAUAAAGGUUCUCUCUGCUUUUUUGUAAUCAGUGGGACGGGGGAGCAUGGAAUUUUGCUGCUCUUCCUUGUCUUUGUGAGAAGGAACCAUCUCUCUGGGGCAGGGCUCUGGCUGACCUUGUGUCUUUCGGGUGGUGGAUAAGAUUUGAUUAUUUUCCGAAGUGCGUAUGAAAAGAAACUUUCUUUGGGGGUGUAAAAUCCUAGUCUGUUAUGCCAAAAUAAAAGAGAGAGGGAAGUUUGGAUGUGUAACUAUAAGACAAAUCUCUCGGGCCGCUGAUCUUUCCUGGCAAUGUCCUUAAAAGAUCCCACCCUGGAAUGGCACUGCUAUUGAGCAAGCGAGACGGGCUCAUCUGAGGACAGUCCCUUCAGUUGGUGGGGCAGAUAGAGUACCAGCUUUGUGCAUCCUCUUGAAUCUCCAAAUUUGAACUCCCUCCUAGAGAAACCCCUAGCUGCCAUCAUGAGAAGGGCCACAGUGGACCCAGGUAUGUGGCCAAGGAGGUCACAGCAGGGGUCUAGGAUCUUAUCUAAAGAAUGGGUAAGACAGUGACAGGGAACCACCAUUUGCUAAGCACCUGCUGUAGGCCAGGCUUGGCAUGUUCCAUAUGACAUUUCACAUGGUCCUAGACCCCCGUGAGAGAACUACUAACCUGUGAUCAUCUCUACUUCAUGACUGGGGAAACUGAGGCAUCUUCCUCAGUGAUGAAAUUCUGGGUUCUGAAAAGGCAGACAUUGGUGAUAAGACUUAUUCAUACUGUUUUCUUCACCAUUCUCAGCAAAGCAGUUAUUUUAUGGAGGGGAAAAUAAGGCUAGAAACUUCCGAGCAGAGAACUCCACAAUGGAAAUUUAAUUCUUUCUUUCUGAUGUGAGUUCUUCUGGGAAGCCCAGAAUUUCAGAUAUAUUUUUAGUAACUCCUUCCCGGCUCCCCAGGAAAGCUAGUCUCUUCUCAUUUCUUCACCAGUGAAAACAGAUGCCUGUUCCCUCAGGCUGUGAGGUCGGCCAGCCAGGGACAUGCUCUCUACCUUGGUCUCUACUGGGUGCUCAAGCACAGUAUCUGGCAGCCUCGGGGUGGCCUGGGACCUAGGAAGCUCCGCUGGGAGGCCGGUCUAGCCCCAGACGGGAUGAGGAGCACAGAAUUCAAGAAGGCACAGUUUUUGCACCCAAGAGCUCACUGUAUACUGGGGAGAUUGCCCCCCAGUGCCGAGAUGGUAGAGCUUACGAGUAUUAUAGGAGCCUGGGAGCAAGACUCUGCCUGCCUAGGGCUUCCUAGAGGGGAUGGCAUCCACUCCAGCUGGAUCUCAACAGGUAGAAAAAGGAAAGAAAGGAAAUCAGUCCCAGGAAUCAGGAUGUGCAGUGGCAAAGAGGUGUGAAAACUCCUUGGGAUGGGGGCCGGCAGGGGGGCACACGGUAUGGUGGCAGGUGAGCCCAGGUGGAGCACAGCACUGCCAGAGGGGUGGCAGGAGAUGAGCCGGGGUCAGGGAGAAGAGAGCUCACCUGGAGCACAGACUACCCCUGUGGGCAACAGGGGGCCAGCAGAGCUCCCAAGUGAUGUGCUCGGCUCAAUGUUAGAGAAGACUCUCUCUGGAGCCAGUGGGGCUGCCUCUUCUUUCAUCAGACACUGUGAAAACAUUCCCUGAAGCGCGUGCUUUUUAAUAUCACAUCUGUUUGUCUGUCUGCUCAUUAUUUUGUUGCUGGAACAAAAUACGCAGUGGAUCAUAAGACUCAGCUUCUGUGAGACACUCAGGGUCUCUGCUCUACCACGGAGCAAGAUGACCAAUCCAGGCCUCCAGACCAUGAGGCUGGGACAUGAAAGGAGCCCACAGAAGCUGUUCCCAUUGGCCUGGGCUCUGGAGCUGUCUGGAAGUCCAGGGACACCAGACUUGAUCACGGAAGGGCUGUCACUUUGGAGGUUCAAAAGGAAGCAUCUCAAAGGGAAGGAAGACAAAGGAGACCCGCCCCCCCCAACAAACUCACUCUUCUUUGAUGGGUCUCUUCCCCACUGUGCUUGAGCAGGUCCCCUGGCUCCAGUCCAUGACUCCAGCCAGCCCUCACGCUGCCUUCAAGGAGCUGGUAACAAAGCAAAUCAGCCUUUCCUAUGCUCUUCUCUCAGAUCAUGGCUCAUCCCUGCAGAAUGGGGGAGGGGAGCUAUCCAACACAAAGCCCAAGAUUAUUCUGCUCCAGAAGGGGUGACAGAGCUGGCAGAUAAAAACGACACUGGCUUCUAUCAUUUCAAACGGUAGGAAUCUAAAAUGUGACUUCAGGGAGAAGGGAAAUUGGAAAAACUCAGGCCAUGGUGGGGUACCUGACCCAACAAGGCCAGCGAUGAUUCCCCCAGCUAAGCCCCCCAUUUCCUCAAAACCUAGCCGCUCUCCAAAGAGGACAGGGCAGUGAACAGGUCUUGGGCCCGUUUACAAGGGAUGAAACUAAGGCUCAUGAUGGGGAUAUCUUCCCGAAGAUUCCACAUGACAUGCAUAUGGCAGGGCUUGGAUGAGAUGGGGCACCAGUGCCUUGGAAUUUGGACUUGAUCCAGUCCUUGGGAAAUAAGAGCAAAUACCACCUCCCCCAAGCUAUCUUCCCACACUGCUCCACCUCGAGGAUGGGCCACCUUUCACAAGGCAGAGGAAAAUGGUAUCCAUGCUGUCUGAGCCUCCACAGCAGGAGCCAGCCUCUCAUCUCUGGGGUGCCAAAGGGAGUGCCCCCACUUAGUACAGAGCCUCAUGGUCACCUUCUAGUUAGAACCCUGUUUGGAGGAGAUGUGAGGAACUAAUGAGAAGCCAGGAACCAUCACCAGCUUCAUGCAUUUGUGGCCUAGAUGGCUUCUGGAAGUAUCAGCUGUGCCUCCACGAGUGCCCUUUCACCCUUUCCGGGCCUCUGGAUGACCACAGCACACCUCCCCUCGUGCGAACAGAGGGAUCAGAUUGUUUUUCAGGCUGGCCCUCUCUUUGUGUGUGGCCUGAGCAAUGGCCUGCCAAAUGUCAGCCGUCCCAUGGAACCAGCAGAACCUGUGUUGGGGACGCUAACCAGUGAGCUUACUGAAUUCUUCCAACAUCCCUAAGCAGUGUUCAUGUUUGUCACCAUUUUACAGACGAGGAAACGAAGGCUCAGAGAGGAGAAAUCACUUGCCCACAGUUCCCCCAGUUAGUGAACAGGGGAGCCAGGAAUUCAAUUUCUUCUGACUUCAAAAACCGUAUUUUUCCACCACUGUGUCUCAGAUUUUCCCAUGGGUCUACCCAUAAUUGCAAAGAGUAGAGUGGAACAGAAACCCAGUGGGUCUGGUGAAGCCCAAAGCAGACAAGCUUAAAAUUCCUUCACAGUCUCUUGUUUCACUUUAACAAUUCAUGCAAUACUUGCAUUCCACUCUAAUUUGCCUGAUUUGUUUUAACAGGACUAUUUUUUAAAUGAUGUGCCCUGGUCCUUCCAGUGGCUUUGGUCCCCUCAACUCUCUAUGACAGAACCUAGGGAAUCAUAUCCCAGUCUGAGAGGCAUAGUGUCUGACCAUACUGCUUCCUCCUGAGACCAAUUCCAGACUCAGGCUCAAGACCAGCUCAACUUUCCCUAGACAGAUGCUUUGGUGUGGGGAUACCACGACCUCACCAUUCACGGGUCAAUCUCAACUCAAGUUUCUUCCAGUUGCAUGCUGGAAGGAACCCACUGGCAGGCAUAUCCUGGAAUGAUGAGGAUAUGCCCAUCUGGCAUGGUGAAGGCUGAGCCCAUAAUACCCUAAAGGGAAAGGAGAAGUUGUGCACAGCCUUUCUGAGCAGAUUCCUGAAUGCUGGGGCUUCUAGAAGGUGAUGCCCUUUGUCCAGGUGGAGUCACAUGGUUACUAAUGUGGGCAAAUCUAAGGACAUGCUUCACAUGAGGGGCUGGGGUCUGGAAGGCUUCUCACUUUACUUCAACCACACAUACAUACUGGGUUCCUGCAACAUGCCAGGCAGGGCACAGGAAGCACAGGUUAUUAUGGCACAGUUCAUCCCCUGGUGAGGCAUUGGGGUUGUGGUUGGAAGAGCUUAGUCUUCAGUUCACAUCUCAGCUUGGCCAUUUCUUAGCUAUACAAUGUUGGGCCAACCAAUUAAUGGAAAAGUUGUGAAAAAAGGAGCCCCAGCUGGCUAGAAGGCAUAGAUUUGGAGAGCUUUGGGCAGGAAAAUAGGAAGGCAAGGCCAAGGAGUUGGGACCCAACAGAAAUACUCAAGGAUGCACAUGGACUACAGAGCAAAGUAGUCGCUUCUGUUGCCCAGAAGGACAGGGGAUGGGGAGGGCUGGCCAGGACCACUGGAAGCAAGGAUGUCGCUUUAGAACAAGUUUCAGUGUCCUGGAGAAAUGAUAAUUUUCCCUCUAACCAAUCAAAUCAUAUCUAUUCAUCAUCUGUUCCCCGUUGCUAAACUAGCUCCUGCUAUAUGUUCUCAGGAGGAUCCACUUUCCUCAGCUCUGGUGUGAAUCCCUGUUGUGUGCAUGUAGGUAUCAAUCUAGUUAAGCUGCUGCAGACAGCAGAAGUGAGGCCCAGGGAGGAAUAGCCAGGUACUCACCAUGUCAUCUCAGCAGGAGUAACUGCCCUACCCAGAUCCAGAGACAUCGAAGGAGAUGCUAAUUCUCCUACACCUCACUGCCGUAGAACAGAAUGAAGAAAGCCGCCUUCCUUUAGCCCACACCUGGCCACCCCUGGGCUAGGUAGACAGGCCACCAGCACCCAGCUAAGUCAGCAGUAAUGCCAUGGGAAACACGAACCAGCCCAAGAAUAAGAGGAGCAGAAUGCUAACAUUGUGCUGGGCCAGAUCUGUGGGGACCAAAAGUCAACCCCAGCUUCAGGACAGAUCAGAAGAUGAGACAUGAAUCCUGUGGAUGGCCAUUUCAUCUCUAAGCCCUGACCUGCCUUCCUCAUCAUCCAACUAGUCUGAGCCCUUUCUCAGCUGAUGAUGCCAGCUCCAAAUCAUAGCCCAAUAAAACAGGAAAAAGACAAAGUGAAUCCAACUAGAGAAGACCAGAUGAGAUUCAUCAUUAUUCCUAUAUUCCCACACAAGGGUUCAAAAUUUGGAGGUUUCCCAUGGAUAUAUAACUGAAAGUGAUAAAAUAUAUGGUGUUGGCAUCACCUAGCAGGGAUCUGCCUCUGCCGUCAUAUACAAUCUGAGCAGCAGGGAAAGAAGUCCAUGGCAAAGAGUGGAGGGGCUACUGUACUCAUUUCCUCUGACACAUAUUUCAGGAUAUGACCCUUAGAAGGACAGCAGAGAUGUCUAAGCCAUAUUAAUGCACAUGAGAAGACUUUCUUCUGGUUUGCUGGUAACCAGAGGUAGAUGUUUGCAUACCACUGGCUGUGCAACUAUCUUGUAGAGACCAAGACCACUUCUUGCAUCCCUCCUGCCCACCCUCAGAAAAGAUGGGAAAAGGUCAUCAAAAGGGCCACAUUCUCCCCUGUGAAAUCCACUCAUAAAUUUUACAUCCCCAAGAGGUGAAAUCAGCACCCACAGUGGUAGACCCCAUGCCUGGCAUCUUAGCUAUCUAAGAGCUUGGGGGUAGUCCACUGGGGCUGAUAGAAGGGAUGUGAGAGGACGCAGGAUGAGUCUAUAGAGAAGACCCUUUGGGGCUGGAUCACCAUGGAACAUCCUUCAGAGCUGCUCUGGGUGAUGGGAUUUGAACCCUGAUCCUUGGUUGGGAUGUUCAGAGAAUUAGAGUCUGGGGGCAGUAGAGCACUGGACAGGAAGGUAUUGGUGUGCAAGCCUGGAGCUCGGGGUAAUUCAUGGUUCCUUGGUGAGUGGAACUCUUAGAUUUGGGGGAGGAAGGGGAAUGUGAAAGAACCUGCCAACAGUGCACAACUGAAUCCCUGUAAGCAUACUUCAGUGCACUUGGGCUUGUGAAUACAAAUCUGUAGACCUCCUAUGGGAUGAUCUGACAAGCUCUCAGUGCUCACCAUGCCUCCCUGCCCCUCCCAUGGAAGAUCAGUGAUGGAAGGUAUUCCUUGGGUCAAAGCCCCAGGGCAGUCUGGAGCCUCAAAGGGCCAAGCGGUAUCAUCCGAGGUCAAAACAGACUUCCAAAGGGUCAGGCAGAAUGCUAGUGCCCAUAUGCCUAGAGAUCAUUGGACAAAUUCAAGCAUGGUUCCCUAGUCCCCGGUCUCUCUUUUGAGUGGAACUAGAAUCAAUGCGUGAAUUUGAUGAUUGUAAGGAAGACCUUGCUGUGUGUCAGAGAGGAUGAGCUGCCCAUCUCAGCAGUGGUCCAACAGAGGACAGACUUCAAAGAGAAGAAGGAGCAUUGCUGAGGUGACCCUGAACUUUCCUUCACCCUAGAUGGGUGAUCUGUUAUGGAGCUGGGACUGUAUUUGAACUCCUUCAUUCCUGUAGAGCACAAAGCCAAGGCUGUGCUUGGUCUGUGCAGGUUGGAGUCCCCUACUCUUCUGCCCCAGUCUUCCAACCAUGCAGGCCAAGAUGCUGCUCUGGCCCCAUAUCCAGGGCUCAUCCAGGCUGGUUAUCACCAAAAAGUCCAGGAAGAAUGGCCGCUUUGCCAUAGACCCAUGCCCACCAAGAUCUGGGAUGAGAUCAACCCUAGCUCAGGCCCACUGGCCAUCAGGGCCAUCAGUAACAGCCAGAACCAGUAAAGGUUCAAGCAGAACCCAGAGCAGGGCUUUGCUUACCACAUGCAUGAUCUGCAGAGGUUACUUCUCCCCACUCCCCACUUGAGGCCUGUUGGAGCAGACUGCAAAAGCAAAAGCAUAGUGACUCUGUUGGCACGUAAUUAUAAUCAUCCCCAGGGCGUCCGUUUCCUUGCCAGGUGGAUCCUGGGCUAGCCCAGGUGAAUCCAGGCUAUCCCAUGUUGGCAGUCAGACUCAAAAGCACUUCUCUACUUUCUGUUUUUACCCGACAUAACUAGCCAACGAAAGGCAAAGAGUCAGGGCUUCUAAGGUUGCUUUGGCUACUGGACGCCGUCAUCAUCCUCUAAGGGCCAUCAUGGGGUUCCCACUCGACUCUAGGGAGACUGACAUCAUCACAUCCACUGGGCAUAUGAUAUUGCAUGAGACCAAAGUCUCCACACUGUUUGCAGCCUUCUCCGUGAAUCCCAAUGGCCUGUGCUUGUACAGUUUGGGUGUUUGAUAGAUAAAGCACGUAUGAGAAGAGAAAACAAAAUAAAUCAACUUUUAAAAAAAGCCAGCACUGUGCUGUCAGUGUUGUUGUUUUUUUCUUUUUCCUUUCCAAUUCUAGCUUAAAAAAGCAGAAGGUAAAUAAUGUCAGGUCAAUGAAUAUCAGAUAUAUUUUUUGACUGUACAUUACAGUGAAGUGUAAUCUUUUUACACCUGCAAGUCCAUCUUAUUUAUUCUUGUAAAUGUUCCCUGACAAUGUUUGUAAUAUGGCUGUGUUGAAAAUCUAUACAAUAAAGCUGUGACCCUGAGAUCCAUG